AUGUCAACUAUUAUGUCUUCCAUAUCAUUCGCUUGUGUAUCUUUUAAUGUUUUUACAUUUGGUAUUCUAAGCAGGGACUACAACAAGUUUACCGUAUCGCUGAUAUUCUUUUCAGUUUCGAUUUGGGUAAUGAAUCUGGUCGAUAUUAUUUAUUCAGGUGUUGGUCAUCUGAAAAUCUUUUGUCCAGAGCCAGGAAGGUAUGCUCAGCAAUAUGAUGCGGCAUGUGCAGUGACAGGAUCGAUUUUCCAUCUUGGUGUGGUUGGUGCUCUAUUAUAUUGGGUUACCAUGUCCAUUCAAUUAUGGGCAUCGAUAAAGAGAAUCAAAAUCAAAAUGUUAUCACCAAGAGCUACAAUUAUUAUCAACUCUGCUCUCCAAAUAAUUCUUUUAAUUAUUCCACUCUCUAUCAAAUCAGUCAAGGCUGGUGGUGGUGCAGUUAGUUGUUGGGUCAGUGGAAAAUGGAUUCAAAACGGUGUAUUUUGGUUCCCUGUUUCAUUGGCUUUGGCAAUUGUAAUUAAAGAGAUUUAUACUAUUGUAACAAAUAUACAUCAUGAUAAUAGGUUCCUUAAAUUACAGAUUAAACCAUUCCUUUGUGUAUUGCUCAUUUUCGGAUCAUUUAUCUACACUCUUGCAACUCAUUUCUAUUUUGAAGUUAGAGAUGAUGAAUAUAAUGCAAAUGCAGUUUUAUAUUUGGAUUGUUUACUUUCUUCAAAGGAUCCAGAUUCAUGUACAGUCAAAGGACCACCUUAUUUAAGAAUAAUGUUUGGAAUAUUUGUAUUCCUGCUGUAUGGUCUAACCUAUAAAUCAAAGAAGAUCUGGUUAAACUCUGCUAUAGUUCAAUAUCCACCAAUCAAAUCCAAACUUUUGCAACUUGGAAUUAUAGGCAGUGGAAGCGGAACUAGUUCCGAAAAGAAACUACCAACAACUACAACAACUAUGGAUGAAUCAAAGGGUAACACUGCCAUGUCCUAUGAAAGUGAUUCCAUAGAAUUAAAAUCAUUCGAUUAA